CCUAUGCAAUUCUUGGAUGAAUUACCAUUACUUAUAAACUGGUUUAUACAAGUUCUUACAGUUAAUCAAUGGAUAUUAACAGUUUGCUGAAGACAGUUUAUUUAAGAUAUACAACGUACAAAAACAUAUGACUGUAGUUGUCAAAGAAGCCUAACCUAAAAAUGGCAAAUCAAAACAACAGUAAAAUGCAGUUUCAGUUAAACAGCAACAGUGAAGUGUUCAAUGAAAAGCAAAAGAAUCUCUUUGCUAUUCUAGAAAAUGCAGAAAAAAGUGCCAAGAGAAAUGCAGAGCCUGAGAGGCAAAUGGAAGUGGAUACUCCGAACAUCCACAAGCAACAGAAGGUGAUGACUAAAAACUUCAAGUCAAAAGAAAGCAUAUUCAAGAGACCAGAAGCACCUAUUACAAGGUGCCUUCCUAGUACCUAUAGCAGGAAUCCAACUAAAUGGACCAAGUACACUCUGAAAGAUGUUAAGGAUGAUGAUAUUUCAAACAGAUCAAAUACAAGAACAGCUUUAUCAUUUCUGAGAGAACUUGAGAAGAGGAACAGCAAUAAUGAUGACAAAAAGUUGGAUGAAUUGCCAGAGAAGAUAACAUUCAAGAAAGCUUCACGUAUCAAGUUCAGUGAUGACACAAAGAGCGAUAUGGAUAAGGACAUAUCCUUCAAAAGCAGUAAAGUAGUUAUGCCAGAGUAUGUAGUUGGACAGAAAUUGAAGAAGAACAAGACUAAUAAAAAACUGCAAGCUGAAACAUCAAAGAACAAUUUGAAACUGGAUCAUUUGCUGCAAGAAGAGGAUGAAGAUGAAUGAGGACAUUGAUUAUUAUUAACUUUUAUAAAGUUUAUUUCAUUAAUUUGGACUGAAAUUCAAUAUUUAUUAAUACAUUAAUAAAUUUAAAAGAAUGCAUUAAAUAAAAUAAUUCAUUAUAAAAUGAAGUGUAGAUAUUUUUCUUGUCUGUAUC